GUUGGGACUUCUAUACAGCAUGGCUACAGGGAAGCAGUGUUUAAAGGAAAAUCCUAAGCCUGGAGAUUUCCACCCUAAUAUUGAGUUGGAGGUUAUAACCAAGGACAGUUAUCCGCAAAACAACGGCUCCCAUGUGACGGUGCGGUGCAAGGCUACUGCACCAGUUUUAAACUCAAAACUGUAUAACCCUGCUCUUCUGAACCCCACCGUUAUUUUUUUCUUUUUCAACGAAAAUCACGUGCCUGUCCAAAACUGCCCACCUUCAUCGGGAAGUCCAGAAAAGAUAUGUGAAUUGGUUAUUCCAAAAUUUGGACAAGCGAAUAAUGGGAAAUAUUAUUGCAUGGCACGAAAUGAAAUACGCUGUACAAUAAUUGGAGCACACGUUCCUUCCAAUCCGUGUCCAGCUCCAGGAGAAAAAGAAAAACUUGCACUGGAUUCUUUCCACAAUAACCUCCUGAAAACGAUGAAAUGCCUGAAAGACUAUACACUUUGCUGCAUCACUGGAUCAAUGUGCGAUGAAAGUUAUCAACAAUGUCUACACAGUGCUUAAAAUACUAGUUUAUAUACAUUAUGACAGCUCAAAUUUGGAUAGAUUAACAUAAUGAUCACAAGCUUUUAAAAUAUUUCCAUUGGUACAUUUGUCUUGAAUAUUAUAAAUUA